AUGGAUAAACACGAAGAAUUUGUGGAUUUGUUGUCUGAAAGACGAAAGGAUUGUGAUCUUUUAUGGGUCACUCGACCUAUGGAUCCACUUUUACCACAUAAACUUUCUUUGGAAUCCAAGUAUUCGAGGAGACAAAUGAUUGAAGCUGUAGUGAAUGAUGAAAGAGUUAAGCUAGCAAUUACAUCUUUGGCUGCAGCAUUUCAACUGGAUACAAAUAAAGUUAUAAGAGAAGCUCGUGUGAUGGUACACGAAAUGGCUAGCAAGGCUCAUUUAGCUACUGUUCGCUGGUUAGGUAUUGUCAUUACAAAAGUUCUUAAAAGAAUCUUCUUAAGUAUAUACAUAAACGAAGCUACAGUAUUUAGAAUGAAGAAGGAAAUGCAAAUUUCUCAAGUGCAAUAUGUCUAUGCACCCUCUCACAGAAGUUAUUUAGACUUUAUAUUAUUGUCAUAUAUUUUGUUUUCUUAUAAUAUGGCCCUUCCAAACAUUGCGAGUGGCAUGGACUUCUAUCAGAUGUAUAUAAUAGGAGAGGUAUUAAGAAAAACAGGAGCUUUUUAUAUGAGACGCAGCUUUGCUAAUGAUUUAUUGUAUAAACGAGUAUUCCAAUCGUAUGUAAUGUCUCUGGUAAAACACAGUGAUAGAGCAAUCGAAUUUUUCAUCGAGGGUACUCGUAGUAGAAGCCUGAAGAGUAUAGUACCCAAGUUUGGUCUAUUAUCUACAAUCUUGGAAAGUUUAUUAGAGGGAGGUGUACCUGAUAUUCACUUUGUACCCAUAAGUAUUAGUUACGAGCGACCGCCGGAGGAAUUAUUAUUCGCAUAUGAACUUUUGGGUGUUCCAAAGCCGAAAGAAUCCACGGUUGGCCUCCUUCAAUCACUGUCUAUUUUGCGGAAGCCUUAUGCUUACGGUCGUGUCUUUUUUAAUAUUGGCGAACCUAUUUCCGCGUGUCAAUUUUUAAGUAUGGAACACCGUAAAGCAAAAGUGUUAUCACCUUAUGCAAAAUUGCCAUCAGCAGUCCGUGAAAAAUUGGCUUACUGUAUAAUCGAUUCGCAUAAAAAGAAUACAAUUCUUACACCUUUUAAUAUAAUAGCUUUGUUAUUUAAUGAAAGGAGUCAAAUGUAUCCUGACAAUCCAUAUUCAUUAGAUAGUUUACUCAAUGAUUAUUUGUGGUGUAAGAAUCUUUUACAAACAUUUGGCGCGUCAAUACAUUCAGAAAGGUCAGGUGACAUAAAUGACAUCAGACUAGAAAUACUAAAUACUCUGAAGCCUCAUGAAGAAUUGCUCGCAUUUGAUCCAUCAGAAAUUUUACGACUGAAAGAAAGACACAAAGCAACAAAGCUGAAGGACACUGCACAUGUUAAGGGUCAUACUCUGUCAGAGAGAACAAUGCAGACAGCUGUAUCUGUUAUUAAUAUUUCAAUCUACCUAAACCCUACUCUCUCCUUUUUGACAAAUCCUGCUAUCGUUGCAUUAGCAGUAGGAACAGAAGGAGUUGAACUUGAUACUGCCAUUAAACGAUAUGUAGUACUGAGAACAAUAUUAAGUACAGAAUUUGCAAUGCCUUUCAUAGAAGACGAGACUAUGAUACACUCAGAAUGGAAAGAAACAUUCGGUUUCUUGUUGAGACUAAAUUACAUAAGUAUUCAAAAUGAUACAUGUGUUCAGGCACAAAAUCAAAAAGUAUUUUCUCUUUUGUAUAAUGUACUACUACCAUUUAUAGAUGCAAUAUAUAUUACCUAUCUGGUCUUGUUCGAGUGGGAUGAAUCGAAUGAUAUAACUAUACAAGCAGUUUCAAUCGAAGCACAGAAGCGAGUGGAAGAAGCGGUUCUCAAUGGAAACGAGUGGGGUAAACAUCCGUAUUCAUUGUCUCUUGAUUUAUUUAAUACAACGAUAAGUAACCUUAUGAUACAAGGUAUUCUAGUAUCAUCUGAAAAACGGAACAUAUACCAAGUUGAUAAAAUUCGAAUAGCAUUACUUCUCGCACAAUUGCAAAGUCUUUCGUUGAAACGACCACCGGGCUCGUAUCGUAAUACGGUGUUAUUGUCCGUAUCGCCACUAGUAGUUCUAGCCAAAUUAUAAAAGCUAACGAAACUUCAUUGGCUACGAUAAAUCCAGGUGAAUGGGUCGAGUAUGUUUUAGGCCGUAAACAUUUUAUAACAUAGUUAGCAUCAUAGUUAUUAGUAGACUGCAGAUGUUUAUGCAAGUAUCAGUGUUUAACGAUUCAUUUACAGAAACUGAAAACAAACGAAAGUUUGUUCACUGCAUUGCAUCGCAUAAAAUUAAAAUGAUAUACUGAAUUUCAGACAAUUGGGUAUGCUAUAAAUGCAUAAAAUCCGCAGUCAUUAGUCUAGUCGAUACGCGGUUGCUUUCUUUUUAUCAUAAAUGUUAACAUUUUAUAAUAAAUC